GAUGUACUGAGUUUGAGGAGGCGGCUGCUGGGGACGAUGCAGCUGUGUUCAAGAGACUGGCAGAGAACAAGGCGUCCUGUGCGUGUCGGGGUCGGACCUAGAUGAAGGGAACCACUGUCAUAGGCGAGAUAUGGUGAUUAAGCAAGGCAGUGAAGACUCGUCGCCCAGCGGUGCAGAGGAGGCCAACCCAAGUUCCCCCUCGAAGAGGACACAGGGCGCCGCCUUGCGCAGACGAAAAUCCUCCUCGAUGCCCGUGUCUCCAACCGCCAAAGAGAGAGCAGGAGUGGUGGCAGUGGAGUUGGAUGGCACAGCGCAUAGGGGAAUCAGCGCGUCGCUGGACGUGGGUCGCCAGGCUUCUGAGGACGCGAAGUUUCGCUUCACGCAAGCAGAAAAACUAGAAAUGAUUGCUGACAACAGUCGAUCCCGUUCUCCCAUUUCGGCGGCCCUGGAUAGCUACUUCGGGAUUCUCAUUUUCGUGAACAUGAUUAUUCUCCGUAUCGAGACGGACCACGGGGACAGCUACCCACCUGGGCCUGGCCCUCAGUCGCCCCUCUGGUGGCUCGAGACCGUGGUUGUGUGUUUCUACUGGCGGAUAACGUAUGAGCCAAUACCCUUAGUGGAGGUUCGAACACAACCCACGACGAAAGAGCGCGCCUCUGAGGCUGCGGCGAGACACCUGGAGCGAAAGCCCUGGAGAAACCCGCAGUCAGAGAAGGGUUGCACAUGAAUCCUAUGCCUCUGGAUCAUCAUGAGGGAGAAAACACGCAAAUCGUUGCUGUUGGUUGAUAAAGACUGCAUAAUUUGUAAGUACACAAAUAUUCGCAUAUCAAUAUGACCUUUACGCGCUUAUUUUCAUACAUUCGAAAAAUGAAAAUCGCAUUUUUGAAUGCAGUGCGGGGGGGGAAUCAGUGUCCGCGUGCGAUUGAUUAACUGAGUGUCGGCGCGGCAGUGAAUUGGGACAAAAAGAAGUUUUAGUAUCUACCUAUGUAUUUCUUUUUUAUUAAAUGAGCCUCCCGCUCCCGUAUGUAGAUAAAUCCAAACCAAUCUAGUAAGUAAAGAUUUUCCUUUUCCGGUCAUGACGUAUUUGAUGGAGGUACCCAGGAUCGACAUCGAGGACACAAGAAUAAGGUUGUUGUAGAUAUAAUGAAGGCAUGCCGCAAUAAGGCACCCCAGCACCAGUCGCCCACUCGAUAGCAGGGUGGGCAGACAUCCCUUUUCUAGAUAGAACUAGUUGUUACUCUUACUCAUGCAAGAACUCGACUAAUAUCUUCAUGACCAUGAUCUACAAAACCCAAAAAUAAGCAGAGAGACGUUCGUCAGAUUCCAGGCUCCACUAUAUGGGACGCUUCCGGCGCCUUAUGCUAAAGUGCUACCAUUGGAGCAUCAUGCGAAUGAGUGUAUUAUAUCCCUCAUCACUUUUUAUCCGGGGGAACGACAAUUUUUUACAACUACAAGAAUGAACAAAAUGAAAAUAUAAUUCAAUCACAACAAUUGCUUGAUCUUGAUGUGUCAUGUGUGCAACUACAUAUUGGCGUAUUGGUCUUGUAAGCAAGAAGAUUGGGAGGUCUGUCAUCUGUCCUGACCUUCACGGUUAUUACUUAUUCUUUUUUAUGCCCUCGUCUUAUUAAUUUGGAACAAAGCUCGUAAAAGCAGGUAAAACUGUGGAUGGCGGAUCAGAUCCUUAAUCCUUAAUGACGUCCGUGAGUGUGGUGCAAUGAAGGCAGAAGCAGCCGCAGCAGCAUUGCUAGGAGUGUGGCAGCCACUAUUGAUUCAUUGAGCAGUGGCGGACAUCGGUACUCAUGGCUAAAAAAAACAGGAGGUAACUAAGCCUUUUCAACCUGAGGCACUAUUCUUUCUAAGCAGCAAGCUCCAAUAGGACAUCAUUCUUUUCCAUACUAUUUGAAGCCCUGCCUCCUCCACACAAAAGAAGCUGAUAUUAUUGUACUUAUCAACGGCCCACAGCACUCCACGACCAACAGCCACAUCACAUAUUAGAAGCAAAUACGAACUGUCGUGAAUGUACAAAUCUUGAUAUGCAUGUAUUAAAAAUCUUAUAAUCUUUGAUAUUAACAACUACUUCCUUGUUAAUAGAAGUGUUAGUUUCUUGGAACAAGAUGAGAAGUCACCGGACCUCCUCCGUGAUGGGGGUGCUGACCAGGAUCAGCCUGGUCACUACAUGCUGUUGUUAUUCUAGCAUCGCAGUGUCCUCUGGUGAGGAGAACCUGCUUACAUAGUAGCAUGAUGCAGUGCGACUUUGAUCUAGUUUGUAGUGAGUGCUGUAAUCACAGUUGUGGUAGUAUGCGCGAAGAGUCAGGACAGUUGGCAGGUACAGCGAAAAAAUAC